GGUCAAGAUAGAUCUUAGUACGGACUAGUAACUUCCUCCAUUCUUGAUUUCUUUCCUGUGGUAUGUAAAGCUGUUGCAGUAUAAGAAGGAGACCAAGAAAACCUUUUUUAGCCAUCUCCCCGUCAUCUUCUCCACCCAGAAUUUAAUAUCCCAAAAAUGGCAGAUUCUGUUUCAGUAGAAGAGUUCUUGGCAGUGGCAGUUGAUGCAGCUAAGCAAGCUGGGGAGGUUAUACGAAAUGGUUUCUACCAGACUAAGCACGUGGAGCACAAGGGCACGGUGGAUUUGGUCACUGAGACUGACAAGGCAUGUGAAGACCUCAUAUUCAAUCAUCUCAAGAAACACUUCCCUACCCACAAGUUCAUUGGAGAAGAAACAACUGCAGCUUGUGGAGUCUCUGAGCUGACUGAUGAACCUACAUGGAUAGUUGAUCCUCUUGAUGGAACGACUAACUUUGUCCAUGGGUUCCCAUUUGUGUGUGUCUCUAUUGGUCUCACAAUUGGGAAAAUUCCAACAGUUGGCGUUGUCUACAACCCAAUUAUGAACGAGCUUUUCACCGGCGUCCAUGGGAAAGGUGCUUUUCUUAAUGGCAACCCUAUCAAAGUGUCUUCUCAGUCUGAACUUGUGAAGUCCCUCCUUGCUACAGAGGCUGGAACAAAGCGCGAUAAGUUAAAUCUGGAUUCUUGUACAAACAAAAUCAAUGCUUUGCUUGCCAAGGUCAGGUCCAUUCGAAUGAGUGGUUCGUGUGCACUGAAUCUCUGUGGUAUUGCCUGCGGAAGGCUCGACCUUUUCUAUGAACUUGGAUUCGGAGGCCCUUGGGACGUGGCAGGUGGCGCUGUGAUUGUAAAAGAAGCUGGAGGCGUUCUAUUCGAUCCGUCCGGGAAAGAUUUCGAUAUCACAGCUCAACGAGUAGCCGCCUCGAACCCUCUAGUCAAGGAUGCAUUCAUUGAAGCCUUACAGAAGGCAGAAUGAGAUUCUGUAUACAACAACUGGAAAAAGAAAAAGCAUGAACUCAAAUUUAGCCAAUAAUUGCUAGUUCUAGUUGGUAUUCAUCUUAACCCUGCAUUAUUCCCCUGUAGAUCUGAUCAUUGUUCAGACAGAUAAAAGGGUUCAAUUAUGUUAAAACUGCUCAAAUCAAUUGAUAUGUUUGUUUCUUUAUGACAUUUGCUUUGAAGCUUCCCAGAAAGUUCAUAUUUCAUGUCUGAAGCUUCAUAGAAUGUUUGGUUCAUAUUUCAUGUCUGAAGACUGAAGCUUCCUUUUAAUACAGAAUAUUCAUCUCAGUUA